UCCAUUCUGUGCGCAACUCCAGACCGCUCUGUCGUGCUAGUGGAUAUCCCGAGAUCGAUUGAAGAGGCCCAAGUGGCCCUGAGACAGCCCGUCCCGCACAGGCGGCUACUAUCAUCAGAGCCGCAGGCUCUACCAUGGACACUGCCAGAACCCAAGGCCCCUAGAGAGGGCAUUCCCGGGGCCAGCAGUAAUGCCCAUUCUGCAUCGGCAACCAUCGCGGAGUUGAUGACUUUGGAAAUCGCCCUGGCCGCUCUCGAAAAUGUACGGACGUGUCACAAUGGUGGCCAGUGGUGUCUGCCUCGGGCAGUCUCUCGUGAACUUGACACCUCCGCGCAAAGCCGGGGUCCAUGGCCUUCAAUCUUUGUUCCAGAGGCGUCUCAUCAUAUCACGGGCACAAUCCAAGACACCCGAGACGAGCUUCUGAUGAAGACCGCGUCUGUAAAGUUCGACCUCGUCCUGCUCGAUCCGCCGUGGCCAAGCCGGUCCGCGCGGCGCAAGAAGAGCGGCACCAACUACGCGACCGUCAGCAACAUGGCAGAAGCACGACAGCUGAUCACUGCGGUGCCUGUGGCCUCGAGACUUGCCGCGGGCGGCCUCGUGGCGGUCUGGAUCACCAACAAGCCCGCCGUGUACGAUCUGCUGGUCGGAGCCGGCGGCGUCUUCUCGCAAUGGGGUGUCGAGCUCGUCGGGGAGUGGAUAUGGCUGAAGGUCACCAGCACCGGGCAGCCGGUCUUCAACAUGCACUCGCAGUGGCGGAAGCCGUGGGAGCGCCUGCUUCUCGCGAGACCUCGAAAUCCCAAUCCCGGUGGCUCUCUUCUUGGUGGUAGUAGCAGUAAUAUUGGUCAGGAUCGGCCCCGGAAACAAAGGUCCGUCCAGACGAAAGUCAUCCUCGCUGUCCCGGAUCUGCACUCCCGGAAGCCCAAUCUUCGCGGGCUUCUGCAAGACUUGUUGCCGCCAGAUUACCUCGGUCUCGAAGUGUUUGCUAGACAUCUCACGGCUGGUUGGUGGGCUUGGGGCAAUGAGCCUCUCCUAUUCCAAAAGGGAGAGCACUGGGUGGAA